AUGUUCAUUGGUGUGCAUUUACUUUUAUUACUCUCUUGUGUCUUGGGUAUACAAUGGUGUUCAAAAGAAAAGAACGUUAUUUUCUGUUCAAAUACAGAAGUGGUUGGUUGUGAAAAAAAGAUUUUUAAAAUAGAAAAUGGUGUUAUUAUUUUAAAUACAAUAGAAUAUGUCGAAGUUAUGUGCCAACAUAUUUCUUAUAUUCAAAUUAUAGUUGGAGACAGUGUUGAAAAAAUGGAUUUAUAUUUGAACCAAACAAACGUUGAAAUUAUUAACAAAAAUAUGUUUUAUAAAAACAUUACAUUUAAAUCUUUAGUAUUUUCUAAUGAUUCAUCAAUUAUAAAUUCUUCAUAUUCUUUGAGAACUAAUAAAGCCUUGGAAGAUUAUUGUGAAAUUUAUUUGACUAAUGCUCCAAAUGGUAUGUACGGUUGUUCGAAAUGUGAAGACAAUUUAGAACUUUAUAGAAAAAAUGAGUAUUAUUUUUGUUACACAGGUGCUGAAGAUAUUAGUGAAGCAAAUGUUGUUUGUUAUUCGCAUAACAACUUGACUUUCAUUGAUAACAUUGAACAUUGUUGUGUAAAUUAUUGCGAAGAAGGUGCAUGUUCUGAAAAUUCAGAAGGGUAUUGCAGCAAAUGUUUUGAUGGAAAUGCUCUUUCGUAUGGUACAAUAAGCGAUGUUUGCUGGCCUGUUACAAUGUAUAAUUGCCUUCGAGGUUCAGGAAAUAUAUGUGACGAGUGUUAUAAUUCUUUUACACUUGGAAUUAUGAAUGGUCAUUCGUAUUGUCAAGAUUGUACUUAUGCAUUUCCGAAUUGCAAUGAAUGUAGUACUACGAAUUAUGAGUGUAUUCGGUGCGACAAUAAUUACUACCUACAGAAUUCACAGUGUGUUUCUUGUGAUUCUACUUGUUUCAACGGUUGUGAUGAAAAUGGCAAUUGUAAUGGUUGUAUAGAAGGAUAUGUAUUAAACGAUACCCUUUCAAAGUCAUGUAUUUCUUGUCAAACUUUUGAUCCCAAUUGUCAAACUUGUAAGAGUGGAGGGGUUCGGCUAUGUUUAACAUGUAAUAAUGGGUAUCAUUUCUCAACGACUUCACCUUAUAAUUGUAUUCCAUGUGAUUCAACAUGUUUAGAAUGUGAUCAAUAUGGGUUGUGUAUAACGUGUAAAACUGGAUAUAUUCCGAAUUCACCCAAAACAACUAGCUGUCAGCCAUGUUAUUCUGUUGAAUCAAAUUGUGAACUGUGUUCAACAACAUCAAGAAAAUGUAAUUUGUGCAAAACUGGAUUUUAUCCUUCAUCGACAACGCCAGAUACAUGUGUUAGUUGCGACACCACUUGCUCAAAAGGAUGCAAUGGAACUAAUGGCAACUGUAUUACUUGUAUUUCUAAUCAAUACACCAUAAAUUUAAAUAACCCACUUCAAUGCCAAAAAUGUUCACUUUUUGAUACACAUUGUUUAACAUGUUCCACUACCAAAAGAAAGUGCUUAUCGUGUCAAAGUAACGUUUCAUAUAUUAACGAGGGCGUUUGUAAAACGUGUGAUAAUAGUUGUUCCAUUUGUGAUAUUAAUGGGAUAUGUACAACUUGUAAAAUUGGUUAUAUUCCAAAUUCUACUCCUCAGAAACAGUGUAUAUCCUGUUUUUCUUUUGAUUCAAAUUGUGUGAGUUGUGCAACCAAUGGAAGUAGAGCGUGUGUAAAUUGCAAAACGAAUAUGUAUCCAAACAUCACUUCUAGUAAAUGUAUUACUUGUGAUCAAACUUGUGGAGGAAGUUGCAAUACACAAAAUGGGAUAUGCACAUCUUGUUCAACAGGUAAGGUGUUCAACGAUCCACCGACUACAAGUUGUAUGGAUUGUUCUUUGUUCGAUGCCAAUUGUGUGUUGUGUGCUUCAUAUGGUGAAAGAAAAUGUCUCCAAUGCAAAACAAACAGUGGGACGUAUUUAGAUAAUGGAAAUUGUGUUCCUUGUGAUGUGACUUGUGCACCAAAUACAUGCGAUCCAUCAACAGGAUACUGCAAACAAUGUAUGAAAAAUUACAUUGUAACAUCACCAGUAUCACAACGAUGUGAUAACUGUUUUGAAUAUGAUUAUUAUUGUGAAAAAUGUCCUGAUGAUUCUUCCAGAUAUUGUGAAAAAUGUAUAAUGGGUAAAUACCCAAGUUUCGAUACUAAUAGAUGUCAAUAUUGCGAUUCGACAUGUGGAGAUAUGUGUGAUGGUGUAACGGGGUAUUGUACUGGGUGUCAAAACAAUUAUGUAUUUUCAAAUACAACUCAGUUGAAAUGUGAUAGUUGCACUACUUUUGAUCCAAAUUGCAAGACUUGCAAUUCAAAUUAUAGCAGACAGUGUGUGACCUGUCAGACAGCUGGAAUGUAUCCUGAUGAAACAACAAAAACGUGUAAAACAUGCAGCACAACAUGUAAUGGCGAUUGCAAUCAAACAAGUGGAAUUUGCAAUUCGUGCCAAUUAAAUUACGUCUUCACAUCACCAAAAAGUAAAGUGUGUGUCAGUUGCAAAUCGUUUGAUAAAAACUGUAAAACAUGUUCUUUGGACUUUUCAAGAAAGUGCAUCGAUUGUGAAAUUGGUUAUUAUCCAGCUGAAAGUGGAAGUUGUGCUACUUGUAACACAAUAGAUACAAAUUGUAAAACAUGCAACUCAAAAUUAGAAGAAUGUAUCACUUGUUUUGAUCCCUAUUAUUUGUCAAAACAAAAUUGUUAUUCUUGUCCAAAAGGAACUUUUAAGAAUACUCAAACAACUUGUGACAAUUGUUACAAUAUAAAAUCCAAUUGUAAUGAAUGUAUGACAACAUCGAUGAGUAAUGCAGAUUGUAGUGUAUGUAUACCUCCAUAUAUCGUCGAUUUAGAAACGCAUGAAUGCACCCUUUGUAAAACUGGUUUUGUUUACAACACGACAACCAAAAAAUGCUCUCCUAACAUUGAGAAUUGUGACUACCAAAUAGGGACAAACAUUUGUUUGAAGUGUACGAACAAUGCUUUUAUGUCGAAUGGAAAAUGUCAAAAAGCAACAAAUUGUCAAGGCAAAUCAACACUUUCACUUGUGUCGUGUGAUUGUUAUGAUCAGAUAUCAAUUCAUACUGAUUGUCAAUCAAAACUACCCAAUUGCAAAUAUCAACAAAACAGAGUGGACACCAGUAUUUGUGUAAAUUGUGAAGACAACAAUACACUUAUAUAUGGUUUAUGCGUUUUAAAUGAUAAAUACAAGUUAACAAGAAAUAAUAUAACAUUUGGUUGUGAA